UAAAAACUGCACCCAACUUCCCAGGCGCCCUCAUUGCCCGGCCGGACCCCAGCCCCCCGACAGGCUCGGGCCGCCGCGCUCGCCCCGUGCUCCGCCGGCAUCACCGCCCCCAGCCCAGCCCCGCGCACCGGACCCCGCACCCCGGACCCCCGCACCCCGGACCCCGGCGCCCCGCGCUCGCGCCUCGCACCAUGGACAAGUUGGGGUGGCACCUGGCCUGGGGACUGUGCCUCCUGCGGCUGAGCCUGGCGCAGAUCGAUUUGAACAUAACCUGCCGCUACGCAGGUGUGUUCCAUGUGGAGAAAAAUGGUCGCUACAGCAUCUCCAGGACGGAGGCUGCCGACCUCUGCAAGGCUUUCAACAGCACCCUGCCCACCAUGGCCCAGAUGGAGCGAGCCCUGAGCGUGGGCUUUGAGACCUGCAGGUACGGGUUCAUAGAAGGACAUGUGGUGAUCCCCCGUAUCCAACCCAAUGCUAUUUGUGCUGCAAACCACACAGGGGUGUACAUCCUCAUAUCCAACACCUCCCAGUACGACACGUAUUGCUUCAAUGCUUCAGCUCCACCUGAAGAAGAUUGUACAUCGGUCACACACCUGCCCAAUGCCUUUGAUGGACCAAUUACCAUAACCAUCGUUAACCGUGAUGGCACCCGCUACAGCCAGAAGGGUGAAUACAGAACCAACCCUGAAGACAUCAACCCCAGCAACCCCACUGACGAUGAUGUGAGCAGUGGAUCCUCCAGUGAAAGGAGCACUUCGGCAGGCUACAACAUCUUCCACACCCACCUUCCAACUGCAUACCCGACCCAGGACCAAGACAGUCCCAGGGUGUCUAGCAACUCAGAGCAUACCCCCAUUACCAUUACUUCAGCUGUGCACUCAAACAGCCAUGCAGCAGUUCAGGAGCAAAAUAAUUGGAUGUGGUCCUGGUUUGGUAACUCACAGCCUAAGACUCAGGAUUACACGGCAACAGCAACAACAGCUUUGAGGAGCUCUAGUGGUACAACUCCCAAAACAGCAACCAAGAGGCGAGAAGCCCAGGAUUGGCUUUCAUGGUGGUUUCAACCAUCAGAGUCCAAGAAUCAUCUUCACACAACGAUAAUGGCUGGUACGGAUUCAAGUAUCAUCUCAGCAGGCUGGGAACCAACUGAAGAAAAUGAAGAUGAAAGAGACAAACACCCCAGUUAUUCUGGAUCAGGCAUUGAUGAUGAUGAAGAUUUUAUCUCCAGCACCAUUCCAACCACACCACGGCUUUUUAGCCACCCAAAACAGAACCAGGAUUGGACCCCGUGGAGCCCAGGCGAAUCGAAUCCAGGAGUAUUACUUCAGACUACUGCAAGGAUGACUGAUGUGGACAGAAGUGGCACCAGUGCUAAUGGAGAAAACUGGACCCGCGAACCACACUCUCCUCUCAUUCACCAUGAGCACCAUGAUGAAGAGGAGGCCCAGCAUGCUACAAGCACAACAGAGGCAAUCCCUAGUAGUACAAUAGAAGAAACAGCUACCCAGAAAGAGCAGUGGGUUGAGAAUGGAUGGCAUGGGAAAUAUCCGCAGUCACCAAAAGAAGACUCUCAUUCAACAGCAGGGACAGCUGCCACAGCCCAAGACAGCCAUCCAGAUCAAAAAACAACGCAGAGUCAAGAGGACAGCUCCUGGACUUACUUCUUUGACCCAAUCUCACAUCCAAUGGGACCAGGGCAUCAAACAGAAAGAUGGAUGGAUAUGGACUCCAGCCAUAGUCCCACAAGUCAGCCUUCUGCAGAUCCGAACACACAUUUGGUGGAAGACUUGGACAGGAUAGGACCUCUUUCAAUGACGACUCAGCAAAGUCAUACUCAGAGCUUCUCCACAUCGCCUGAAGGCUUGGAAGAAGAUAAAAACCAUCCAAUGGCUUCUACUCCAACUAGCAAUAGAACUGAUGGCAGAGGUGGAAGAAAAGGUGGACAUCUUCCCGAAGACUCAGCUCCUUCAGUGGAAGCUUCUCCUUCUCACUCGCCAGCCACAAAUGAAUACAGGACCCUCAUCCCAGUGACCCCCGCUAAGACGGGGUUCCCUGGAGUUACUGAAGUUAAUAUUGCUGGAGAUUCCAAUUCUAACGUUAUUCAUUUCCUUUCAGAAGACCAAGACUCAUGGGUUCACCCCAGUGGGAGGUCCCAUACCACUCAUGGAUCAGAAUCAGCUGGACACUCAAGUGGAAGUCAAGAAGGUGGUGCAAACACAACCUCGGGUCCUAUGCGGAAACCUCAAAUCCCAGAAUGGCUCAUCAUCUUGGCCUCGCUCCUGGCCUUGGCUUUGAUUCUUGCCGUUUGCAUCGCUGUCAAUAGUCGAAGAAGGUGUGGGCAGAAGAAAAAGCUUGUGAUCAACAAUGGCAAUGGAGCAGUGGGGGACAGGAAGCCAAGUGGGAUCAACGGAGAGGCCAGCAAGUCUCAGGAGAUGGUGCACUUGGUAAACAAGGAACCCUCAGAGACCCCCGAUCAGUAUACGACAGCCGACGAGACACGGAACCUGCAGAACGUGGACAUGAAGAUUGGGGUGUAACUCCCACACUUGGUGACCUUGGAGAGAAAUGGCAGUUGGAGACAGAAUCAUGGCAAGGAGCUGGGACACUUCACAGAUGCAAUGUGCUACUGAUUGUUUCAUUAUUGGGGAUCUUUUUUUAGUAUAACGUUUUCUACUCCUUUUUUUGUUUUUUUGUUUUGCGUUUUGUUUUUUAAAGUCAGGUCCAAUUUAUAAAAACAGCAUUGCUUUCUGAAAUGAGGGCCCAAUGGAUAAUCCACAAGAAUUCGACUGUUCCAGUUCCCAUCUAAAAGCCUCCACCCCCUAGGAUGUGCUAUGGACAGCUUCUAACAGAAGGCACAUAUACAUCUUCUUGAUCCCCCACCUUCCCUCCCUUCCCCCUCUCAGGCAACAACCACCUGCUAAGAACAUCCCCCAGGGCUAAAAGGGAUUGGUCCCUUGGGAGGAUAUUUGAAUGGUACCACAUGCCCCCUGCCCCUCCUGCAGCCCAAUCCCUGGGCAUUUCUUUCCAGUGGGGUAGGGAGUCGGAAUGUACUGGUUACACAUCCACUUCUACAGACCAUCUGGAAAUUUUUCAGAUGCUUCUGGGAAAUACCCAAAAGGUGAAGCUAUUUAUCUGUAGGAUGCUAUUUAUCUGUUUUUUUGAAAUAUUAAACCCUGGAGGUCCUUUGAUCGAUAUGAUUUUUUUUUUGGUUACUUUGUCAGAGGCAUAAAGGGUUUAAGCUGAUUCAUAAUAAACAUCUGUACUUUUUCCAACUUAACCCUUUGUGCUGUGAUCCUUCAGCAAGGUCUGGUCCCCAGAAACUCAUCAGGAAGUUGUGAGAAGGUCCUCCUUGAAAGUCUUCAUCUCAGAGCCACUAAGCCCCCAUUCAGGCUCACUCAACCAAAUCUCAAAGAAAAUCAAGGAAGACAGUGCUAUUUUAUCUCUGGGGCUCCAAAGACUUUCUCCUGUCCUAGCACCAGAAUUGCAAGGGGAAGAGCCUCAACUGCUUUUAUGUGUUAAUGGCCACCAGUGCUCUGCCCUGAAAGGCUGGGAAAAGUCACAUUACAUUGCAUGACCUAUCCUUUCGUGGCACAGAUAGAUACCAGUUCAUAGAUGCUGACCCUGUGAAAUGAUGUCCAAAAACAAUAUGAAAGUACCUUUUGAGCUCUUGUAAUAAAAAGAAAAGCCAAUGGAGAUGAAAGAGAGCAUAGAUAGUAGCCAACUGAUUGCCACAGGUUGGGGAAGAGAGGAGGCUGUGUAGAUCCUGUUUGAGUAUUUUUAUGGCUGUAUUUGUUUAUACAUUUACAAGCCAGCUGUCUGUUCCCCGUGCAGUUGUUACUCUGAAUAGGUGAAGUGCCUGGGAAGUCCCUCAGAAGGUUACAGGCCUUCCCCACCAUUGGAAUCUUAGCACCAGAUAGGCAGGUUUAUGAACAAAUAAGAGAAUAAUAGCUUUAUCCCUUGCUUGGCAAGUCCUAAGAUUUUACUUAUAAGUUCAGAAGUCCCAUUGGUCCUGGAACUCCCAAAGAUGAUUUGUAAUAGAAGAAAAUGAAUCUAUAAAGUAAGGACUCCUCUAAAACGAGCCCUCCUUCCUUAUGCCCCCGUAAAAAGUCAUCUGUUGCCUAAACCGAUAGCUUUAACUGCUGAUGUUGCUAGGACUAGAGAGAGAGAAGAAGGGAGGAGAAGGAGGAGGAAAAGAAAAAGAGGAAAGAGGAGGUAGGGGGAGGAGGAGGAAAAGAAGAAAAUAGGUCCCACAUAGGGCUGGGCUUAUACAUGGGGUAAUUAUGAAGGAUCUGUUUUUAAAAGAGAUGCCCACUUUCUGCACUCAUUUCCAACUUCUGUUCUCCCCUAUCCACCCUCAUAACCUCCUCCCAAUCAUGAUCUUUGAAAAUUUCCUUCUCUUCUGUGAACUUCACUGGCCAGUGCCAUAUCCAGCUGUCUGGUUUUCUUUUUAUUUUCAAGUUGAAAAAAAGAAAUGGACAUAUAGCCACUCUGUUUUACAGCCACUAGUGUCCAGGUGCUUCCUGCUUUCCAAGAGCUUUCCUGGGUCUGCUGCUGACACGCUCACUCCAGCUCUUUAGCCACUCCCGGAUCAGGUUCAGGAGGGCUAUGCUAGGCUCUAUCUGUCCCCAGAUUCUCUUUGGGGUCAUGGAUAGUCUUACAAAUCUCACAGCUAGGGAUGGUUUUCCUCUUCUAGACAUUUCCAAUAAAUAGGCUGAGAUAGGUGAUUGUUUUCUGUUUUAUUUUAGAAUUUAAUAUGAUCUUUCCUUUUAUUAUUGUUGUAGUCUCUCACUUGGAUAUACCUCUGUGUUCUCCAAUAGCAAUGGGAGAGGCCCAGAGCUUCCAUCCCUUGGAUGUAAUACCCCUAUAAUAUUGUCCAAAGUUCAUGGAAUAAAAUGUAUUCUCUCCCAUUUGAAAUAACGGUGUAAUUCCAUUAAGCCAAGAGCUUAAGGUGUAAUUUUUCCUACAAUUGUAAAUCUUUUGUGUCUCCUGAGGGCUGCCUUUAAAUUAGCAUUGGGUGAAAAUAAAAGGGGGCAAGAGACACCUUCCUAUCCAUAUUUCAUAGAUUCUAGCCUGGCAGAAUGGAUUUUUCCAGCAGAACCUCUCAAAGUUUUAUAUUGAGACCGUGAUACCAAGAACUGAUUCCAUAGCCAAUGUUCAUUCAAUACUGGUACAGCAGAGGAGUGUGAGAAAGGAAUCUCUGACUUCUCUAGAAAUGUCAAGUGUACUUAAGUAGAAGAAUAACGUGGCCCAUUUGCCUUUAUGUAAUAGGUAUGCCUUUCUAUAAAUCACUUGUGUUGAGUUUUCAGAGAAUAGCUCAUUGUUCAUGCAUGUAUAGUGACCAUUUUUACUUCAAUUUUUCACAGGACACCCUUCCUCUGAUUUUUUGUAUAUUUAUUGAUGGACCAGUAAUAAUGAGGAAAGCAUGAUAUGUAUAUUGCCCAGUUGAAAGCACUUAUAGGAAAAUACCAAAAGGCUACUAUUAAAAGGUUAAAGCAAACGGA